AUUUUUAACAAUGAAUCUGUGAUGUAACUAAGUUUCAAAUUAUCUUCGUAUCCAGGUUAGUUUUUUUUUUAAUUUUUUUGUUGUAUUGAUAAUUUAUCGCUGAUUCACAUUAAUUUGCUUCAUUGGAAUAAAUAUAUACGUAGAUGAAUAUAUAUUGUUAUUUCUCAAUAGAAUAUGUCUUCUCAGUUGAUAUUUUUUUAUCAUUUAAGUCAUUGAGCUCAUUAUGAAAUGUGAAUCAACUUGUUUAUGUUUUUUGUAUUUUUUGUUAAUAUGUAUGUUUAUUUGAAUCACUUUUGUUAUUGAUAAUUCACUAUAAUAAUGAUUCAAUUUAACUUGAUUAUCGAUAAAGAGUGGUUGAACUAAUUUUCCAGUAGAAAUUGAUUCUGCUUUGUUAAUCUUAUUUUCGUUUCAUUAUAAACUUUUGUUGCUAUGGUAAUUAAUAUAUAAAGUAGUCAUCCUUGGCAUAGAUUAAUAUAAUACUAAUAAAAUCUAUUGAUCCAUAUGUAUUCCAGAUAUUUAGGUUGAAUUCAUUUCAAUAAAUAAAUUCUGGAACCAAUUGAGAUUAGCACACCUUGUAUUAUAUUAAAUUGAUUAUAAUUGUUAACCAUAUUAGACAAAACAUGUUUUUAUAAUUCCACAGUCAUUACAUUAUGAAGGUCAUAAAUAGUUUUUUCAUUAUAAACAUAUGGUAAUUAUGGAUAAUUUUUUAUAGAAACCAAAAUAUGAUUUCUAUAAUUAAUAGUACAGUCCCAAUUCGCUAUCUCUUAUAAUUACUGUUUUAUUGUACUUUAUCUCACUUGAUAUUACAAACAAAUACUGUUUAUUUUAAGAAUUAGAAUAAAAAAUUUUAGAAAGUAACCAGAUUCUUAAAGUUCAAAAUUUUGUCUCAUUGCUUUUAUAUAAACCAAAUCGAAGUACUUGACUUCAUUUAAUAUCCAUAAAAUUUUUUUUCUUUAUUUAUUGUUCAUUGAAUACUUCAUGUUAAAAAUAUAAUAUUCAGUUAACCUAAUAUUCAAUACAUUAUUGAUAUUAUAGAAUUUCAAAUUUUAUUAUUUGGUAUCGAGGCCAUAACCAUAUCAAGUUGAAGAGCGCGUAUAAAAAAGAAGAAGUAUGUUAUUCAAUAUAUUAGUGGCAAACCGGUUUACAUAUAUGAAUUCAGGUUGUGGACUUUUUUAAUUAUUUUCGAGUUAUUUUAUUACAUAAUACUGUUUGAGAUACAGCGUGAAGAGACAUUGAUGCAGGAAAAUCUGGAUGUAGGUGAAGGAUAUAUUUCAAAAAAAAGUUUUCUUUUCUUCUUCAUAUUUCUCAUAUUUAUUUAUUAGCAUAGAUUCAUCACAUCAGGAAUAUAUUAAAAUUUGACUUAACUACUUUUAAAAUUUCUUUUGUCUGAUAUUUCUAUAUUUAAAAUUAUAUGUGUGAAAUUUUUAACAAACUUAUCUGUGAUAAAAUAUACUACACACGGCAGUGCACUUUGUUGUAUAAUUUUUAUAACUGGAAGGCUAAUAAAUAUUAGGAAAUAUUACGAUUUCGAUCAUAUAAAAGUAUAAUAAUAAUAAUUAAAUGCGAUUUUUAUUUAAAAUUUAAUUGCAACUACUAACAAAUAGUUGCAAAAUCAAAAUAGUGCAUAUCAUGGUUUGAUAUUGAAUUAUAGCUUUUAUUUAACAAAACUAUUCAUUCUUUUCUUCUACUAUUUCCCUUUAGCAUUGUACUAUAUUUAUUUUUGACUAAAAUAAAAGAAAAUUUAGUAGAAACUGUAAUGUAAAUGCCAGGGUCCAUUGAGUAGGUUAGAUUUACAAUAAAAGUCGCCAUAUUGUAUAAAUAUAAUUUAUAACACUUUAGGCUCGAUACGCCUCUGAACCAAUACACUAAUUAACGUAGUUCAAGUCAUUCUUUUGAAUUUAUACGGUUUGUAAACAAUUUUUUCUUAUAUUUACAUAAUAUACGCUAGUUUUGGAGAAGUUUUUGAUUUAAUACUUUCACAGAUUUGUAUCAAGUGCUUAACCUCACCCACCCUGAACUAACCUUGCGCUUAACUACUUGAUGGUAACAAUUUUUACGAAUACAUUGAGUGAUAGUUACGCAGUUGAUUUAAUGUAACAUUUAAUUCCAAGAAUACAGUUUUUAAAUAUAUUUUCUACCUGUGCUUUGUAACUUGUGCAAUAUUGGAAAUUCCAUGUAGUUGGGACGAAUGGUGAUUCCCUGCAACACGAUCUAAAGCUAAUAUUUCGUUCGCGUAUUAAUAUUGAUGAAUUUACACGUUAUUUUAUUAUGGUAUGCAUGAAUUGUUCGAUUUAAAAGUGUUUUCGUGAUUGAUUUGUUUUUUCAAAAUUGGUUUGCUAAUGAAAAUAAAACAAAAGUAUUAUGAAAAAAGAUGGUGAAAAACAUUCAGCUUUACUUGUAGAAAGACCGGUUUACCAAAUCGAAGAAUUGAAUAGAGACUACGAAUAUGAAAAACCAUAUCAUACAUUGAAAGCUAGAUGCAGAAGGGCGUGUAAUUCUGUAAAUCCCAGUGCCUGGCUUAAGGAGACAAUACCUUUAUUAUCAUGGUUACCUGAAUAUAAUUGGAAGAAAAAUUUCAGUGGUGAUAUAAUUAGCGGUAUUACAGUUGCUAUUAUGCAUAUACCUCAGGGAAUGGCUUAUGCACUAUUAGGAAAUGUACCGCCCAUAAUAGGAAUAUAUAUGGCGUUUUUUCCUGUCUUGGUAUAUUUUGUUUUCGGUACAUCCAGGCACGUUUCUAUAGGUACGUUCGCUGUUGUUUGUCUUAUGACAGGAAAAGUUGUGAGCCAGUAUACUACAAUCGAAAUAAUGCAAAACGGUACGCAAAGGUCGUUAAUAUCGACUGGUCAAGGGGAAGCCAUACCACAAUAUACAAAUGUACAAGUUGCCAUAACCAUAACAUUUACGGUAGCCAUGAUACAGUUAGUUAUGUAUCUUUUAAGACUUGGAAUGGUUUCGCAACUCUUAUCUGAGACUUUGGUAAACGGUUUUACUUGCGCAUCAGCGUUUCAAGUAGUAGGAUCUCAAUUGAAGGAUUUCUUCGGAUUAGACGUAGGAAAACGAAGAGGAAACUUCCAGUUUCCUUUGGCGGUAUACGAUGCUAUUUUUGCUAUACCGAAAGCAAAUAUUAACGCCAUUCUAGUGUCAUUAACAUCGUUUAUACUUUUAAUCAUAAACAAUGAAUUAUUUAAGCCUUGGUUAUCGAAAAGAUUUACGAUACCAUUUCCUAUCGAACUAGUUGUAGUCGUAUUUGGUACAGCGUCAAGUUAUUUCAUGAAUUUCGAAUCGAAUUAUAAUAUAACAGUCGUAGGCUACAUACCAACUGGAUUACCCAAACCGACUUUACCCGCUUUUGAACUUAUACCAGAUAUUUUCUUGGAAUCUUUUAUUAUAACGAUGGUUUCUUACACCAUAACCAUGUCGAUGGCUCUCAUAUUCGCGCGAAAAUUGAUGUACGAAGUUGACUCAAAUCAAGAACUACUAGCUUUGGGUUUGAGUAAUACGGUCGGUUCAUUUUUUUCCUGUUUACCAAUCACGGCUUCCUUGUCGAGAUCUAUGAUACAGCAAACAGUAGGUGGUGUUACGCAACUAGUAUCGGUAGUUUCUGCUAGUAUCUUAUUGGCGAUUGUACUUUGGAUUGGACCUGUAUUUGAGACGUUACCAAAGUGUGUACUAGCUAGUAUAAUAGUAGUUGCUCUAAAAGGGAUGCUUCUUCAAUGUAAAUCUCUGCCGAGAUAUUGGAGAUUGAGUAGAUGGGAUGCCGUCGUCUGGAUAAUAACGUUUUCAGUAACGCUUUUCAUUCAAAUAAGUUACGGUUUAGCAGCCGGUGUCGCCAUCUCUUUAUUAAGUAUCUUCAUACAGGGUCACAAACCGUACACUUGCCUUUUGGGAAUCGUACCCAAUACAGAUUUAUACCUCGAUAUCAAGAGAUAUAAAGGGGCUAAAGAAAUAGACGGCGUCAAGAUUUUCCAUUAUUCCGGCGGUUUGAGUUUCGCUUCGAGAUCGAGUUUUAAGGAAUUACUCGUUAAGAAAACCGAACUUGACGCCGCGGCUACAUUGAGAAGAAGAGCGAAAUUAACCGAAAAAGGAUUGCAAGACGAAGAGGAACUUUUAUUGAAAUGUGUAAUCUUGGAUUUUUCCAGUCUCACUUUCGUCGAUCCAGCCGGCGUAGAUUUUCUCAGGAGUUUACAAGAUGACUAUAAACGGUUAAACAUCCACAUGUUGAUUUCCGGAUGUUCAGGACCAGUGUUUGAGGUUAUGCACAAAUGUGAUGAAGUUGAGAAAAAAGAAAAGAAAUUUUUGAUUUUCCCUACUGUCCAUGACGCAGUAUUAUAUACGCAAGUUAACGUUCUAAGUAAAAAUGAAUGAAUGUACGUUUAGGCAAUACCAAAAAUAAUUUAUUUUUCAAAAAGAAUAUAUAUUUGUUAUAAUAUUGAAAGCCAAAUUAUGUUAAUUAAUUCGAUUUUUACUUAAUACAGAGUGUUAAAAGACCAUAUGACAAAAGUAGUACUUAUAUCGUUUUAAAUAAAUAAGUACUUAAAAUAAUUUAAAAAUUUUAAUUUCAAAAUAACAUUUAAUUAACUUUUACAUUUUAUUUUAAUUACAUCAUUAAAAAGUACUAAUAUAUCUUUCUGUUUUCUGCAAUUCAUUAUAAAUAUUAUUUAAUAGUCUUUCAACUUUCAUAUACAGUACAGAACAACAAAAUAUGAUGUUACUAAUAGCUUUACCGACAGAGCGACAUCUAUUGAGCAGGCACGACAACAAGGCGUCGGCCAUGUUGUUGAUGCGUUUCGACGAGCAGUGAUUCGAGGUAUGUCUUUUUUGAGUGGAUAUAGUGAGAAAUUGUCGAAAGAAAGUUAAGGACUGUGGUUGUAAUCCCGGUACAAAGAUAUGGAUGAAGAUAAAGAUUAAUGACCACGCGUAACCAAUUGAAGUACCUUGUUUUUCGCACGAACCUUACGAUCAAAGAAGCUACGAAUAAUUACAAGAGUUCAGAGUAUUUCCUCUACGUGUGACAAUGCUGCCAGGGAAACGUGUCAUAGUGCUCGGCAAGGAUUGUUGAGCACGCGGCACCAUAAUGUUCUCAUUCCCUCUUGUUUGUAUAGAAUCGGGAUUUAAAUCUCAUGACAUUUUGUCCGAAUAACUAUUCUUCUCACUUUUAAUUGCUUUUAAUUCUCCUAAAUCACUUUAUGUGUGUCCCUAUAUCUUUCCUUCCGAUGAAACAAUAUACAACUGAAUAGUCGGUAAUGCGAUCGUGGCGCAGUCUACCGGAUCCAAUGUGAAAAUUCCAAGAUCAACAACAAUGUAAUUGUACAUAUGAGAACUAGGAACCGCGUUUAAAAAUUCUCGACGUUUCGGCUCCCGCUUUGGAGCCAUUAUCAAGACAAGGGUGGGGGUAGGGUGGUUAUUCGUUCAUUGGUGAGAAGUGAUCCGAUUCCGUGGUCUCGAUCUGCCUCCACCCCUUUUGUGAUUGAUUCCAAAGCCUCAAUCUACCUACUCCUUGGAUUUUCACCGAGUAAAUGAAAAGCUGAAACAAAAAUAUAAAAUGAUUAAAAUAGUAAUUAAUGUGCUUACAAUCAAAAAAGUUAUUGACACUAAGAUACUGACUACUGGUCUUGAGAUAAUUGGGGAACUAGUCGCUUGGACCUUGUAUUUAUAAUGGAACCUUUUGGCGGGAUUUGGGGUUUUGUCGCGUGUGGGAGUAUAUUAUUGGCGGGAAAUGUAAUAAGUGUGUAGAAGUGUAUAAUUUUUUAGAAAAAAUGCAUAGUAAUAAAUUUAUACCAUUGACUGUCUCACACUGUAUAUAAAUCAUAAAUAUUAAUACUUUUUAAUGAGAUAUUUUUUUUUCGCAUAUUUUUAUUAUGACAAUUUUACAAUUCUUGGAUGUGAUAUCUUAUUAUAUUCUUGAAAAAAAAAAUAAAGAAUAUUUUUUGA